UGCGCACGGAUUGCUCGGAGUUUGCGCCAUGCAACAGCAGUGAGGCGGCUUUGCCCCCAAAAUAAUGCCCGUUACCUGGAAUACAACUUUUUCCACAGCAGCCUCAUGGAGUGUAGAGUGGUCGUAGACACUUUACGCGUUUUCUCGUCCUCUCGCGGCAGAUUCAAACUGUUUCUGUUCUGCAUCGUGCUGUGCCUUUGUGGGUAUUUGCUGUAUUCCUAUUUCGACUACAUUUCUGCUGCGCGGAGCCUGACGCACGAGAGGCAAAGAGCCGCUUUUGACAACCAGCACAUGUCCAGGGGUUUACUGAACAACAACGAUGCGGACGCCGCCGGGGAGGAGUGGGACGAAGUCAACGGCGAGGUGUCGGAGGACGAAGCCGCGUCCGAUCGCUCCAAGGGGCCCUUGAGCAAAAAGUUUCCGCAGGCGAUCAUCAUCGGCGUGAAGAAAGGAGGGACCCGCGCGCUCCUGGAGUAUCUGCGCCUGCACCCGGACAUCGCCGCCGCGUCGGGACCGGAGCCGCACUUCUUCAACCGCAACUACGACAAGGGACUGGAGUGGUACAGGAGCCUGAUGCCCAAAUCGACAGAACACCAACUGACAAUAGAGAAGACUCCAGGUUACUUCAUUUCCAAGGAGGCUCCUGCUCGGAUCCACGCCAUGUCCAAAUCGAUGAAGCUGAUCGUUGUCGUCCGGGAACCCGUCACCCGGGCCAUCUCAGACUACACCCAGAUUCUCAACAAGAAUCCCGGCAUGCCCUCCUUCGAGAGCAUGACCUUUAAGAACAUGUCAGCCGGUGGGAUCGACACCGAGUGGAGCGCCAUCCAGAUCGGCCUCUAUGCCAAGCACCUGAUGAACUGGAUCCAGUACUUCCCCUUGAAGCAGCUGCUGGUCGUCAGCGGAGACCGUCUGGUCACCGACCCCGCGGACGAAGUCGGCCGCGUCCAGGACUUUCUUGGAGUCCGGAAGUUGAUCACAGAGAAGAACUUUUUCUUUGACCCAGAUAAAGGCUUCUACUGCCUCAAAAAGGCCGAAGAAGACUACAGCGUCUCACACUGUUUGGGAAAAACCAAGGGCCGAACGCAUCCAAACAUCAUGCCAGAGGUGAUCCAGAAGCUGAAGCAGUUUUAUAAGCCCUCGAACAAGAUUUUUUACCAAAUGGUUGGUCAGGACUUUGGUUGGGACGAAUGAACUGAGGUGGUUGGAACACCCUGGUGUGUGGUUUUUAUUUGUUUUUUUACUUGUCAGUCGGGGAGAAAUAGUUUUACAGUAUCUGUGCAGUAUUGGUGGUAUGUAAAAAAAACAAAACAAACUCAGAGGUCUAUUUUAUGAUAAUUUAUUGUUAUGAUAUGAACUCACAAAGCUGCCUAAUCAGGGGUAUUCAUUCAUUCUGGUGACGUACGUGAACAUCUUUCUCAAAGCACAGUGUCUUUACAGGUAUUCUGAUCAGGGUCACCAUCCCGUUUUUCUCUGGGAUGUUUUGGGGCUUUGGGUCUCUAAAGCUGAGGUCUAUCUUACUAAAUGCCGGGUGAUGUCCUCUCAACAUUCGUAAUGACGCUCAGAGGUCUGUGGGCCCUCGUAGUCAAGUCGAAGCGGAACCAGUGCGACUUGCCAAGUGGAUCAAUACAGUACCGGCUCCUCAUCAUAACAAUCAGACCUGAGUGAUGGUCCUGCCUUAGUCUCUCGAGGAUUUCUAUAAAACAUUGAACCAUUAAUGGUAGCAAGUUCAUGGCUGACCCUUGAGUCAAAUUCAGGUUAAGAUAAGAAUUUCCAUUUCCAUUUCAUGGCAAUAUUUCUACAGCGUGUCGUUAAUGGGAAUCCAAAACAGUCUGGGUUUUUUUUUUUUUUUUUAUACAGAUGCUCUUUUUUUUAAAACCCCAACCAAAAAAGGGAUCCUCAGAAAAAAGCCAUCUCUCUAUUUACAUUCACAGCUCACCUCCUCCAGGUGACGUGUUAAUUGGACCCUUUCCCAAAACGCCGCAGUUUCCAGAGUGAAAAACAACAUUCCCUUUUAUAAUUCCAGUGAUAACUGAAGCAGCCACACCAUACUCACUUCCUGAUUUAUGAUAAAGGUUGAGUUUUAUUCAGCUUUCUUGAAACAUGAAUUGAACAGCACUUGGAACAUCGUUCUGUUAUCCCAUGAAAGAUGUACUGCAGCCGUGUUGUAGAGGCACUAUUUUUCUGUAUGCAUUGCUUUGCAAACACUGAAAUGAAGCGGGUUUGACUGAGGCGUGGAUUAAAUGGUUCAGUCAUUUAUAUGAAGUAA